CGCACCGUCAGCUGUUGACAGCUCUGUUCAAUCUCGACCUCCGGAGCGCCGCUGUGUGUGCUCGCCGAGUCUCUGCUGUCAUUCUGCCCGUCCCUGAAAGCACAUGCUGUUUGCCAACCGCCCGGUAACGGAGCAUAUGCUGCCAUGAGUGCUUUAUGUCGCCUCGCCCUGACAGGACGUCUGCGGGCUCGGCAGUCGCUGCGUUUAUUCCCCGGACAGCAGGAUGUGUGUGUGCUGGCUCCCUCGGUGCGGACCGCCAGCUCAUCCAGCCCAGUCAACUUGACCUAUGAUGUCUUCGAUGGCAAGGGAGAGAGCACUCCCCUGGUGUUUCUCCAUGGCCUCUUUGGCAGCAAGUCUAACUUCCACUCAAUAGCAAAGUCCUUGGUACAGCGUACAGGCCGAAAGGUGCUGACUGUAGAUGCCCGUAACCAUGGCAACAGCCCUCACAGCUCAGUGCUGACCUAUGAAGCGAUGAGCAGUGAUUUGAAGCACCUCUUGGCCAAGCUACAUAUUGAGAAAUGCAUCCUCAUUGGCCACAGCAUGGGAGGAAAAACAGCCAUGACCACUGCCCUGAUGCAGCCGGGUUUAGUGGAAAGCUUGGUGGUAGUUGACAUCAGUCCGUCCCAGACCACCACACGCACCAAUUUCCACUCUUACAUCCAGGCCAUGCAGGAGAUGAAAAUAUCCAGUGACAUCCCUCGUUCCACCGCCAGGAGGAUGGCUGAGGAUCAGCUGCGCCGUUUGGUCAAGGAGCACUCUGUGCGUCAGUUCCUGCUGACUAACCUGGUGGAGCAGAACGGUCACUAUGCCUGGAGGGUAAACUUGGAGGCUAUCUCGGCGCAUCUGGAUGACAUCAUGAGUUUCCCCAACUUUACCAGCACCUAUGAUGGACCUACGCUGUUUUUGGGAGGAGCGAGUUCUGCUUAUAUUAGCUCUGAUGAUUAUCCCGAAAUCCAGAGGCUGUUCCCAAACGCUGACAUCCAGUACAUCCCAGAUGCGAGUCACUGGAUCCACGCCGACAAACCCUUAGAUUUCAUCAGCACCAUCAUUUCAUUUCUUCAGUCCUAGCUGCGUCGCCUGGACCUCAAGACUUUUUAUGCUCAGUACAUUUGAGCAUCCACCUGCUGAACAUGGUGAGAAUCCUGCAGAACGAAUGGAGCCGCUAGCGAGGCUAACAUCUGCCAACACUGGACCAAACCCAUUCUUUUACAGCAGCCGGUUUUUACCUUUUAACCGUGUCAAACUUUGCCUAGUGUGUUGUGUGUGAACUUUUGUUUUACCCCUUUGCCAGACAAGUAGUGUUAGAAGAUCGGCAGGUUGCAGACGUGUUUUUAAUGAUCUUUGAGUUCAGUAGCAAGAGAAUAGCAAUGAAAAUACUUACAGUUUAACAUGGCCAGGCUGUUUUGGAGAUGUACUAAUCCAAAGAAUUUCUUAUUUGCACAGUGCUUUUUUAUGUUGGUGUAGUUAUGUCAGUACAAAAGGAAAGUGGUUCUAUGCCGAGUACAAUCUUUGAAGUGGACCAGCAUCACAAUGGUCGGAUAUGAAAGUCUUGACAGCUCUGGAAUGAAACAAAAACUCAAAAAGUUGAAGAAUGUGCACAGCGUUAAUAGUUUUUCAGCACAAGGCAGUCUUGUAUGGAGUGUGAGGAGGUUCCGGCUCAGAAGAGACGCUCUAACACAGACUUUGUGUUUACAGGUUGUAGGAACUUGAGCCUAGUGAUAUACUAUGCGGUAUUUCUUUCUGGACGAUUAAUUUUAUGGUUAUGGUUAUGGUUUCUCUGUCACAACUCAUGGUCAUUAAGAGCACUGGUUAUAUUUUUAUGCCAACAUCGUCAUCAACCAAGCUGCAACAUUUGAGUAUGAUCAUUUUGUUUCCUGAAUAUCUCAGGUUACAACUGGAUAUGUAACUUACUAUAAUCUUCUACUAUCCUUCUGUGUAUCUGAAAGCAAGCCGUGGUAAUGUCGUCGUGUCUUUGUGUUUGGUCAGUCCAACCAGUGUUUUGAUAGAACAUAUUUAACGAUUUAUUGUCCCUAUCUCACCUAUCUUUACAACUUAGGCGCAACUCUAUAUGGGUAUGUCACGAGUAUAUGCUGCAUAAAAGUGUAUGUUGUUAUUUAAUCGUAAGGUAUUACUGUAAUUUUUUGUUUCCAUAGGUAUGAACAGUACAGUCCAGUAGUGAAACUGCCAUCAGUGUGAAUAAUAAGCAGGGUGUUGUAAAUUUGUACGUCAAGAGCUCCUUUUACAUUUCUAGAACCUGAUUUAAUUAAAGGCAACUUUAUUCCAUAGUAAUAACUAGAAAACUUAAGCUUGGCAGCUGGGUUGCCAGUUCAAUGUGACUUUUCUCACAUUAAAAGGAGAACAGAUGAGGAUCACUUCACGAUAGGCUUUAAAAUAUUAGUUACUAUCACAUUCUUUGUUUUCUAAGCUCCAGUUAAUUGUCAAAAAGACAAAUGUCUUGCUGCACAAUGUGAAGAGAUUGUUUGGGGGUUGGUGCUGAUACCUGAAUGCAGAUCCUCAUCAAAGGAGAGCUCUGUGUUAACAGAGAAGUGGGUUUAUUUAAUCAUAGUGGGAUGUUGUUUGAAGGCUAAUCGUGUUCAGGAUUGUAUAUUUCACUAUGCGCAUGCCUUUACUUGUGUCAUCAGGUGUGACUUUGCUGUAUUAUGUGUCCCAUGUUGCCACGGUGGCAGCACUCAAUCUAAAUACUGACCUAUAUACAUUUUAAAUGUGUGACAGAAGCUUAUAGAAGGUGAUUAUAUAUUGUUAAAAAUGUACAAACUAAUAUUAUACAAUAAAUUUGCAAAAUCCUGCAACAACA